GAAAAAAAACAUAUGAAAAAGUGCUCAACAUCGUCUGUCAUUAGAAAGUGCUGAGUAAGACUGCAAUGUGAUACCACUUCACAACCACUAGGAUGGCUGACGCUAACAAAACUGACCAUACCAGACGUGGGGGAGGCUGGGGAGCAGGUGGACUCUGAGACACUGCUGGGGGGGAGUCUAAAAGGGGAUGGAAACCAGUUUUCAGUUUCUUAAGAAAUUAAUCAUAUACCCCUACCACUUGGCCCAGUCACUCCACUCCUCAGUAUUCACACAAGAGAAAUGAAAGCACACAUCCAUGCAAAGACCUGUCCACAACGUUCACUGCAGCUUUAUGUGAAGAGCCAGAAACUCAGACUAACUCAAAUGUCCACGAGCAGUGGAUGGAUAAACACGUGUGGCAUAUCCACCCAAUAGAACACUACUUGCCAAUAAAACAAGUGUUACUGACAAAUUCAACUAGAGGAAUCUCAAAGUAACAGUGCUGAGUCAAAAAAGCCAGACAAAAAAUAAAUACUGCAUGAUUCCAUUUAUGUGGAAUUCUAGAAAAUGCAGAUUAAUCUACAGUGGCAGAAAGCAAAUAAAAAUGGCCUGGGAUGCAGGAGGGCGGCCAGGGAGAGGCACGGUGGGGACGAGAGGGAGGGACUACAGAGAACCAUGAGGUAACUUGUGGAAGCAAGAGAAAUGUUCAGUAUCUUGAUUGUGGUCAUGAUUUCACAGAUACACGUAAAAACUUUAAUUGUACACUUGAAAUAUGUGUGGUUUAUUUUAUGUCACUUAUACCUCAAUAAAGUUGUAAAAAAUUAAAUAGGCAGAAAAAAAGAAAGAAAACCCAGAGCCUCGGAUUUAGCAAUGCAGAGUCAUUCGGGCACCAUGCCAGAGUGAACCAGUCAGUGAGUGUGGGGACAGCAAAUUGCGGCAAGCCCAGGGACGGCAACUGCUGAUUCUAGAAUGACUGCAGACUGCGUAAUUCCCAAAAUGCUCGCUGCACCAAAAACCUGUAGAAAUAAGGUAUAACAUACCUUUAAACAUAUGCUCUUAAAUAAGCCAUAGUUGGAUUCACAAAAAGAAAGGGAAAUUCCCAGGGUGGAAGCAAUAGGAAGAGCUGAAAAAGGAUGAAAUAGGUAGAAGAAAGCAAGCCAGAUACAUCAAUGACCACAAUAUAUCCUAGCUGGUUAAAUUCUCUGGUUUAAAAGUGAUUGAAAUGUUGGAUUUUGAAAGCCCAGCUAUAUGUUAGUUAUGAGAAACACACUUAAGAAAUAUAGAAAGAUUGAAAAUAAAGCAAUGGAAAAAUAUAUACUAGGCAAAUACCCAAAGAAAGCUGGUAGAGGUAUAUUAAUAUUAGAGAAGACAGCCUUUAAAGGAGAAAUCUUCCUUAGGGGUAAAGAGGGUCACUAUGUAGUAAUACAAAGACCACUCACCGGGAAGAUGUAUCCCUUCUGAACUUGUUCACACACCUGCUAACAUGACACUGAAGUACAUAAGUCAAAAGAGGGCAGGAUUAGAGGAGAAAAUGGACAAAUGCACCCCUGCAGUGGGUGAUUUCAACACACUUCUCUUAAUAGCAAGUGAAAAACUAGUCAAAUUACUGAUGAUUUCAAUACAACUGAUCUAAUGAACACUUCCUAGAGCCUGCGUGCACCAUAGAGAAUAGACAUUCUUUCCAGCACCCAUGAGACACUUAUGAGACAGACCUCGUGCUAUGCCAGAAAGCUAGUUUCAACUAAUUGCAAAGACUCAAUAUCAUACAGACCACACUCUCUGAGUAGAAUGUAAUUAAAUAGAAAUCAGAAACAAAAGGAUAACUAAAACAUGCUUCUAAAUAAAUCAUGGGUCAAAGAGCAUAUCAUAAUGUUAGAAAAAAAUUAAAAUUGCAAAAUAAUGCAAAUAUCACAUAUUAAAACUAACCACGCGUGACGGAAGUUGUAGUUAGAAGGGAUAUUAUGUCCUGUCCUCAAAUACUAAGAUUUUUGUAAAAAGUGAAUGGGAGAUGAGGAAGCAUGGAGAUUAAAUGUAAACUGUGUCAAUGAGGAUCUGAGAAGGGAGAGGACGAAGGAGGGCAGGAAUUCCCAUCCAGGGAGGUUGGUUGCCAGGGACAGCAGAGAGGACAGAAGUGAAAGUUAGGAGGGAUGGCGUGGGAUGCUGGAGCCUGUUUGUGAACACCAUUCUCAUCUCCCUGAUGUACUGUUUGUCACCACUUCACCAGUCUGUGCAAAAACCCACUGCAGCUCUGUUUCCUACAGAAGGCAGCCCACACAUGUUGCCCAGUGUUUGAAGCCACACAUAGUUAUAGAAAUAAGACAGGAAGGGCCAGGCCUGUGACAACCUACAGAGAGCUUUUCUGCUUACAAAGAUUCUCACCCCACAAAAAACUGAACUUCAGCAGAAAGAAUAGCUUGGCCUCUGGAUUGCACCCCGAGCCAUCCCUCAGGGAUAAGCCGGGAAAUAUAUGGACUAAUGCCAAGGAAUUAUGUGAGGAUUACUUUUGAGUCAACUCAGGAAGAAAAUAUUCUUUCUUCAUGAGAUUUAGAAUCUAAUAGUCAACCAAAGCAAAUGCUUUUUUUAAAAAAAUGUACUCUUCAUGUUUCAGCAUAUACACUUGAAGCAGUAUUAAUCCUGCUAUUCCGGUGCUUUUACAUAAACUACACCAAGUUUGUAAUCUGGGAGAGUUAUUUUUUUAUUCCACAAAGGCUUUUAUUUUCAUUGAGACAGAGUGCAACCUCUUGCCAAAAUACCUGGAACUCAAAGAAAGGUUUGACCCUCAGCAGGACCCAGCCAGGGAGCCCAGUCCCUUGGCUGCAGCCCAUGAUGCUGAGCAGGGGACAGGAAUGAGCCCUCUGGCACUUUGGCAGAGUCAAUGUCCAGAUCAUUGUCACCUGGAACUUGGGACUUUGGAAUUCUCUGGGCUUGAAGCCUGCGAAUAUUGAUGCCAACAUGAGUCCAUAAAGUUACACCAAGCUAUGACAACGUUGAAAGGACUACUCAAACGCUUUACAGGCAGGAGGUCAGCUCUCAGUUUAAUAGCACCGUUGGCAAGAUGACGGAACAGAGGUGCUCUUAAAGGCAGGAGUUGCUGAGCAGGCGCGCUCUGCAGGGCCUGUAGCCGGCCGUCUCCAUUCACUUGUUCGUGACAAUGCAAAUUUGCCAUUGCAUAUCCUCUGUGCUUGCCAAGGCAUGUUCACAUCCGAAUCUUGCUCGCCCUUGCCGUGAUGUGGGAGGUCUGUAGACCGAGGCUGUUAUUCCUGCUGUACAGUCGAGGCGCCUGGCACCUGGGAGCCGCGCGACGGGAGCAAGUGCCUGCGGUGGACUCGUGGGAGACCCUGGCUUCCUUAGCUCUUCUCUCCUCGUGGACACCACAAAACAUCCACACAGGCCUCCUUCCCAAAUGACUCCAGAACCAGGUGCACAUCUGCCAGGUGAAGGUGAGAUCGAAGAUAAGCAGCUUCACCCUUCUCCUGCAGAACCAGAGGAACAGGGAUGCAGCCAGGAAACAGAGCAUGACGAUUUUGAGACACUGUCCCACCAAAGUGAAAGUCAAUCAGACUCAAAAACUGACCCCUUUGAAAGUGCUUCCGACACAGAGUCGCUGCCUGGUGACCUCACAGGCAGACUCUGCCUCCCUCCAAGUGGCACCUCUGUGGACACAGAUGCACCCUGGGGAUGCCCUGACAUCCCAGCAGCCAGACCUCCUCGAGAGCAGCAUUCGACUGGUGUCCCUGGGCUUAUUCCAAAGGAAGAACGAGAUUUGUCUCUUGACUUCAAGGAAGAGUCUUACAAAAGUGGGUUCCGAGCCUUUCCCGCAGUUGCUGGAGAAGGGAAGGCAGAACACCUUGGUGACAGCGUGGCCAGCCUGGCGCAGAAGGCUUCGCUGGCAGGGGCUCCUCACCCCACAGAGGGUGCCACAGGCAGCCACAGCCUCCAGCCACCAAAAGUAGUGACUGUACAAGACCUGAGGGGGCUCUCCAUUUUUUCUCGUCAGAAAUCCAGGUCUGAGAGUUGUCUCCGCAUCCGGGGGGCCUGGUCCUUCCUUCCCCCGUGCUGUGACCUGUGCCGGAGCUGGCCACGCAUCCACAGCGGGGCCAGGGGACCAGGGCUGCCUCUCAGAGGCCCGCUGGACAGCGUAGCCUCUCCGGGAGCCAGGACAGAGAAGGGAAGUACUCCAGUGCUGGCAAUGAACACAGACUUGCUCUGCUCCCCGCCCUGCCUUGAUGUCCCCUGCCAGCUUCCUUUAGGGACAUCUUGCCUGCUAUAUGCCAAGCUUUGCCAUAGUGCCCCAGAAAAUAUUGACAAGGGCAGGGCAUCCCCAGGGCACCACUGUCAGCACAUGAGGACAUUGACCAGGGUCCACUCCAUAGGAGGGCUUCCCUUAAGAUACCCUGAGGGGCCUCCAGGGAAGAACUUUGUGAAGUUUGGGACUCAUUUGAAGGAAAGGACAGAAACAGAACGAGAUCCAAGAACACAAAACCUUCUUCACCCUGUUCACACCCUACCGUCUCACUUGCUUCCUGGUUCCCAAAGGAGGGCUCCCUAUUUGCAAGAUCGGUACAAACCCAGUGCUCUUGGCUGGAAAAGGGCCUUUCAGGACAGGCCCUCUGAACAUCUCUGGCUGGAAAACCAGUUGGGACGGGAUUCUAGGUCCUGCCCAGUUUCUUCAUGCCUUACUGAGGAGCUGGUGAGCCUCCCUGCAGAGGAAGUGCCAGCGCCUGCAGAGUGCAAGUCGGAACACAGCCCAGAAAUCAGACCCGAGGAAGCCCAAGGCACUGGCCCUGCACCAAACGCUGCUGUGAAUGAUAAACAAAGGCACCUUCAGGAUAUUUCUGUUGAGGCAGGAAACCAAACCAGUAAUUCCACAUCAAACUAUGUUCUUAGUGAGAAAAGAAAGCCACCUGCUAGGGCCAAGUUUUCACAUCACUCCAGCAAUAGCGGGUCACAGGUGUGGAACAGAGCCUGCAUGGGUUGCACCACAGUGAGUGAAUGUUCAGACACCCCGGAGACCACCCUGAAAUCAAGUGCAACAGACACUUCAAAGGAAGCAGAAGACGUGAUGGUUCUAGACCCCAACUGCAUGAAAAAUGUCUUGCAGGGUUUUUCAGAAAUAACAGCAGCCACCGUGUGUCACUGGGGGUGUGAGGAGUGUGAACAGGGGCCUGAGCGUGGUGCCACGCCCUUGGCGGAGGGCCUGCAGCUGGAGCCCAAAGCAGACACAUCUUCCAGGGGAAGGUGCACACUCAUCAUUAUAGCUGUUGAGCAGAAGGGUCUGCAGGCCACCAGGAGGAAAGUGGGUCCUCUUCCAGAAACGCAGUCCCAUGAGUUUCUGGAGGAAAGACCAGAACCUCCCCGCAGAGUUGGCGCGACUCCCUGGGAGUCUCCCAGGGCUGGGAAACCACAAACCUAUGGCGAUCAGUGUGAGCUGCCAGCAGCCCGCAGACCGGGAGGGGUUGAUGGGGCUCUUCAGCCAGCGGCCCAAGCCGCAGAGCCUGCGGGGGGACAUAAGGUCCCCCAAGCUGCUUCAGAAGAGAGGACCCCGGGUAGAGGAGAGAUUUGUUCCCAGGAGCGCGCUGGGGGUGUGCUGAGCACAGAGGGGUCUGCGGACGAGAAACCGCCUGGGGCGGGCCAGAGCCCGGGGCCUGGGGCCAACAGGGAGGACGCUGCCAGGGCGCCCGGCCCCCGGCCCGAAGACGCACGCGGGACCCGCGCCCCCGCGGUCCUGCCGCGCGCACUGCCCCGCCGGCUCGGCGAGGCUUCGCGGGGGCCCGGCCGGCGCCUGGCGCCCCACGAGGUGACCUCCCUCGGGAGGAGCGAGCCCUCGGCCGCCGCGGGCCCCAGAGGGGGCGCCGGCGCGCAGGGAGCCGGGCGUCCGCAGCCCACCCGCGCCGUGGCCUCCGCAGGCCUCGAGGAGCCCCGCGCCAGGGAUCUGAGCGCUGCGGCCGGCAGGCAGGGGGCGUCCGGCGGGGCCGGGACCUCUCCACUCACGGCGGCCGCGAGCGCCUCUCCGAAGAUGGCCCUCCAGGGCGCAGGCGAGGGAGCCGCAGGGCUGAGAGAAGGGGGCCACGUGGAGACGCCAGGGGACCUCGGUAGCAGGAGAACGUCCUCAGAAAGCUGCGACGCCAAGAGACUCAAAACUCCACAGAAGAGGCUCAGGGCAAGGUUGUCCUUAGCUCAUAAGACCUUUGCAAAUUUUUUUGAGUCAAAAGUUGUAGAGAAAGAAGACACUGGUGAAUGUUCCCCAGGUUCUGUCAAGGGCCAGAAGGAGAGGAGCAGGCCGCGCCAGAGUUCCUGGCGUUCAUUUCUGAAAAGCAAAGACGCACAACGCCCAAAAAGGCCCUCUUCAGUGAGUCUGGUUGCAGGACAGGAGAUCCCAAAUCCCCUCCGACCUUCCCCACCAGGGAUCAACAGCCACUGCGUGGAGCAGGCAGGGGACAAGGAGAGCUAUGUUGUUAGAGAUCACUGGGCACCCUCUCAGUCCCCCACACCAGUGUCAACCAGCAGUUUGGUCUCUCCAGAUAACAGGAGAAAAAGUGAACCAACCAUCAAAUGUACAAGCCCCCAGGAAAGUGGUAGGUACCUGCCUUCAGCUAUCUUUCCUGCGAAGUCCUGGCUGAUCUCGCCCGUCAACCCUCAUGUCCAGCAGGCUGGGAUGAGCCACACCCUCCCCUCCAGCUCUGCUUGUUGCUUGGCAUAUGGCAGCCAAGGCAUGCCCUGCAAACCCAUGACCCCCAAGCCCUGGAGCGCCAGGCCUGGUGCUCAGCGGGCAGAUUUCCACUCCAUGGUUUCUCUUGGAAGUUACCGCGAUGUGGAUAGCAGCUCAGAGGCCCCUGAAAGGCCCAAGACCCCCAGGGCAGGGACAAGCCUCCUACUUUCUCUGCAGACAGGAGACCAGGAUGACCAGAAGGAAGAGAGGGAGGAAAGACGCCAGCAUCACCAUGGCCUGAGCACAGCCCCAUCGCUCAGGGAGCUUCCUGGCAGUGAGAACCACAUGCCGUGGGAAGAACAACCAGGCAAGAAGCCCAGUUGCUCCCUCGGUCAGAAAGCUUUUCACAUUGAGCCAGCCCAGAGACCAUUCUCUACCACUGAGAUGGUGACAUGGACCCUCCCCUCUGUCUCUGCUGAGGACGUCCCCAGGGAGACUCCUCCAGAACCCAGAAGCAUGCCUCAGCACUCACACAGUUUAGAUGAGCUGUGGCUGGAGAAGACGCAGAGGAGGAAGCUGAAGCAGCAGGCCCAGGUUGAAAGGAAGAUGCAUGCAGGGAUAGCACAUGAAGAUGGAGUGCAGUGUUGGAGGAAGAUGACUGUUACCUCUCCAGAGACUCUGAAUUUGCCUAGAAGAAGCCAUCCCUUCUCCCAGAGUGCUCCAACAGGACUGAACCACCUGUGCUGGCCGGAGGACAGACCGGACACUGGUGAGUUAGGUGCCUCUCUCUUUUGUUUUACACUUGGAUGUCCUGGAAAGAAGGUCAAGAAGUAAGAGUGUGUUGUAGACUGCUGUGUUUACUUGUCUGGCAGAAGUAGCUUGAAGGUGAUCAAGAUAAACCAUUG